AUGUCGUUAGAGGAUCUCGAAGCUCGAAGGCAAAAAAGUUUUGGUGCUUUUAGCGUGCUUGCGGACGGUAUUAUAUCGGAAUACAUUCUUUCAAAAUUGUCUGCAGAGGAAUUGGCCCUCUCUUCAAGAAUAUCUAAGUUCUUUUACGUAUUUGCACAUGAUGAUCAACUUUGGAAAAAACAUUGUUUGGAUAAGUGGGGACGUGACGGGGAAGUCAUGGAGAACUUCGUAUAUCGCGGAAGUUGGCUGCUAAGCUAUUUGUUUCCUACGUUGAUGAGUGAAAAAGAAGAAAGAGUGAUUUGGAACCAUCCCGCUUGUCAAACUUUGCGUUUUUCGGAUAUUUCGAGUCAUUAUUUGUAUGCGAAAUGGUGUCGAUGCAACAUGGAUCUCAGUAAUUUCGUUCCUUCUCCGGAUUUGCCUCCGGAGACCACAAUUCGUGUAGAAGAUGGAAGAAAGCUAACCAAAGAGAGAUUUGAAGCAUUUUUUGACGCACAGGCUAUUCCCGUAUUAAUUAAAGACGGGGGUGUAGAUGAAUGGAGAGCUUGGAAAGAUUGGAAGUGGGAGAAUCUAUUUCAAAAACUAUUAUUUCGAGUAGCGAAUGAUCAUGGAGGAAUAAAUCGUUAUUUUCUAAUGACCCUGAAGUCCUACGCACAUUAUAUGAAAAUUCAACGAGAUGAAACGCCUUUGUACAUUUUUGACAAUGAGUUCGCUGAUAGAAAUCUUGAAAUGGCUGAUGCCUACGAGGUGCCCAAAUAUUUUCAAAGGGAUCUUUUUGAAACCUUAUUUGAAGGGCGACCACCGUACAGGUGGAUGAUUAUUGGGCCCGCAAGGUCAGGAUUAGCAAUCUCGCGCACCGGCAUGAAUGGUCAUCAGUCGCUUUUCAAUGAAGAAAUAUUGGAUGAUACCAAGGAUUCUGCCACAUCAUUACUCUGGUACCUUGAGGUCUAUCCACAACUGGAACCAGGAGCUCUUCCAUUAGAAAUUGUACAAGAACCUGGGUAA